AUCGCGAGAUGGUCACAUUAGCUUGGUUGGUUAGCUAGCCGCGAAAAGCAAAGCUAGAUUGUCUACACACAGUUCUACUUUUCUUUAAAGCGCUCAAAGUAAACUAAGCAUUAUUUUUUGUUUUUCUUUGCACGUCUGCACGAAAGGAUCAUCGUCGGACCCAGUAUUUGUGCGGAUCCCAAUGAUGAGUUAUGCCGAAAAGCCAGAAGACAUCACAAAAGAGGAGUGGAUGGAUAAAUUAAACAAUGUUCACAUUCAAAGGGCAGAUAUGAAUCGACUUAUUAUGAAUUACCUGGUGACAGAGGGAUUCAAAGAGGCUGCAGAAAAAUUCCGGAUGGAAUCAGGAAUCGAGCCAAGUGUGGAUCUGGACUCUCUGGAUGAAAGGAUAAAGAUUAGAGAGAUGAUCCUGAAAGGACAGAUACAGGAAGCUAUUGCACUCAUCAACAGCUUACACCCAGAGCUGCUAGACACCAAUCGAUACUUGUAUUUUCAUCUUCAGCAACAACACUUGAUUGAGUUAAUCAGGCUAAGGGAGACUGAGUCAGCUCUGGAGUUUGCGCAGACACAGCUGGCCGAGCAGGGGGAGGAGAGUCGUGAGUGUCUGACAGAGAUGGAAAGAACACUAGCCCUUCUGGCGUUUGACAAUCCAGAAGAGUCACCCUUUGGAGACCUCCUGAACAUGAUGCAGCGACAAAAGGUAUGGAGUGAAGUGAACCAAGCUGUCCUGGACUAUGAAAACAGGGAGUCAACACCAAAACUGGCUAAGCUACUGAAAUUACUGUUAUGGGCACAGAACGAGCUGGAUCAGAAGAAGGUGAAAUAUCCCAAAAUGACUGACCUCAGCACAGGCACCAUCGAGGAUCCCAAGUGAACACUACAGACAAGAUCAACCACCUUCCACAUCCUCUUUAUUUAUGAUCAGUCAGUGACUGUGUGAUAACCAGGUAACAUAUAUGUAUAAACAAAUGCUAUGUUUUUCAUGUUUCAUUCAUGAGAGGUAAGACUUGAUGUGCAAACUGUAAAUUGCUGUAUUUGCAAGGUGACAAAUUAUUUAGUUUAAAUAUUGAUCCUGAAUUUUUAAAUAGAUCUCUGAGACAACAGAAUUCAUAUAGCUGUUUUUAUAUUUUGUCUUUCUAAAGCUUAAGCCAGUAG